AUGCCCUGCUUCAAGGGCAUCGCCGUGAGCAUUCACGCGAAUAGCUCCCCGCUCAGCGAGUACGGCAUGCAGAAGCAGUCCCGCAUGUCACGCAUCAGCACCUACAUCCCCGUGCCCUCCCCGCAGCUGAACCCGGACACCUCGCAGCAUGAGCCCGCCCGCUUCGCCAUCAGCAUCACCCUGCUGACCCCGGGCCAUCCCAUCCCCUACACCCAGCCCAAGAAGUCGCCCGCCAACCCGGACCCGAAGCCCCUCUACGCCGGGCCCCUGCCCUCGGCCGCCGCCGACCCCUCCAAGCACGCCAACACCGUCACCCCCUACAUCCCCAUGACCAACUCGGAGAACGAGACCAUAGCCGCCUACAUCUACUUCGACGGCCGCGCUAAGGAGGAGGUCGCCACCUUGCUCCGCCCCGGCGAGGAGACCUGGGUCAACAGCCGCUGGGUCCAGGUCCCCGAUAGCGAGGGCGGCGGCCUCGCCGAGCGCGAGUUCCUGUUCCGCGAGGUCGGCCUGGAGCGCUGGCUCAACGGCCUGGAUCUGCAGGGCCACGAUGCUGCCGAGAAGGUUGAGAAGAGGAGGCAGAAGUUCGAGAGGCGCCACCGCCGCCAAAAGUCGGCCGCCGCCGGCACCGGCAUGGACCUGGAGAAGACGAACCGCUCCCGGGACACCCUGGCCUACGGCAACAGCGAACAGUCGCCCCUGGCCGACGGCAUGGAGGACUCGGACUCGGACUCGCUCUCGGACGACGACGACGAGCCGCCCGAGGCCACGGGCCAGAUCAAGGUCGCCAUGUUCCGCGUCAUCGCCUCGGGCGAGAUCAAGAAGGGCGAGUACUCGCCGCAGUUUGACGCGCACGAUGACGACGACGACGAGAACAGCGGCGCGCAGCAGGGAGGCAGCAACGGCGUCGACGCCAGCGUCGAGCACACCACCAGCUUUGCCAAGCCCAAGACGCUCGAUCCUAAGACGAUUAGCACCCAAACCGUAACCGGCAUUGAUGGGCCAGAUAAGCCCUAUGCUGUCUUUACCUUCUUUUACCGCGGCCAGCGACAACUAUCGAAGAUGGGUAUUCUCCCCUCGGCAAAGGACGCCAAAACAACCACGCCCGGAGCCAAGCGGCGUAGUACGCAGCUCGAUUUCUCGAACCUGGGGCCGCUCAAGACGACUGGCACCGUCGGCUUCUCGGCCUUCCGAGAUCAGGAUACCGAACGGCGGAAAUCGAGAAAGAAGAGCAACGGCAGCAUAGGCGGCGCCAUGGUUGAGGAUAGUGACGAUGACGAUGACGACGCGAACCCCCUGAAGAAGAUGGAGGCUGAGUAUGACCUUAACAAGGUCGACAAGUCCCACCUGGCUCCCGAGGACGCAGAGAUACAGGCCGAGCUGAAAGCUGGUAUUGACAGGAUUCGGCUAAAGAGACAGCAUUCCGCCGAACCCGACAGCGCAGCAGCUGCCGCGAACAGGAAAUCCCCGAGCACAGGUCCCACCAGCGCAACGACGCCGACGGAUUCCGCGUCGAACGUGGCACCUGCUGCCGGCGUUGCCAACCUCAUGGCCCAGCCCGCCGGAGAGACGACAAUCGGCAGUCCGUUGAAGAAGCAUCGUCCAAGCGCCGACGAAGGGGCCAAGGACAGGUCUGCUGGGUUCCCCUCGGCUCUGGGCGACGUGCUGGGCCGGGCCACGGCGAACCAGCAAAUGAAGGAGACAGCACAGGCGCCGCCCGCGGCGCUGGGGCCGAAGGACGAGAGCGACGAGGAGCUGUAG